AUGGAUGUUCAAGCGGAUGGCGACGAGAGUGCGAGCGUGCCCGCGGACGGCGAUUCAAGUCGCGGCCGACGACAGCGACCAGCAGCAAGCCCGCGGCGCAACUCUGCCCAAGCACCACCACCUCCCGCCGAGGUCAUGAUGGCGGCCGAUGGAGCUCGAGAUCAGAACGACGAGUUUUGCACCGAGUGCCGUGGCACAGGGCGGCUCUUGUGCUGCGAUGGCUGCCCUCGUGCGUUCCACCCGGUUUGCCUCGACAUUGACGAGAACGAGCUGGCAGACGACGACUCGGCAUGGUACUGCCAUGCCUGCUCCGUGUCUCGCCUACAGCAGGGAGCGGCAUGGACAACCGCAUCCUUUGCAGGUUCUCCCAAUUCGGCUGUCUCAGCAUCGUCGUCCUCCAUGCCGCCUCCGCCGCAAGAGUCGUCCUCGUCCUCCUCCGCACCCGCUCCUGCAUCUGUUUCUGCAGUUUCUGCUCCUGCACCUGAAUCAAGGCCAACCGAGACCACUGGUCUCCAAGACACGCAGCCAACACAGUCGCAGGCAGCGCCCGCUCUUCCUCAACCCGAUGAUGGAGAUGGUAGCUCAUCAUCCUCGGCGACAGAAGAACAAUCAGCAAACCCAGCAACGCUUACAGCCAGUACUGUCGUGCAGCGUUACUUUGCGCCUUCGGAACCACAGGCACAACAGUCUGGCUCACCGCGAAGCAACACUGUCAUGCUUGCUCCACCGCCAUCCUCCAGAGCGGCACCCACUCCGACAGCGACAGCGCGGCGGAAUGUUCGUGGUCCCCGCAGCGCGCUCACUUCCUUCUUGGAAGAGCAAGGUAUUCGGUCGCGUGUUCCGACCGACUGGUAUCGCCGACGGAAUGGAAACGAGGCCGCCGCUGCAGCCGCUGCCGCCGCUACUGCCGCAGCCCAGGCAACAGCAACGGCAGCAAUGGCGACUGAUGCUGCCGCUGCUGAUGCCCAGGUCGAAAGUGCUGCUAGCUCUUCCUCUGCACCCUCUUUCAAUGCGCAGACGGCGACUGCUCCAGACGGCAGCCUGCUUCUUGCUCCAAUGUUGGGUCGCUCGGCUACCAGCGCGCUUCAGUCGAUGGACACGGCGAAUGGCAAUGGUGCCGCCAACGGUGAACCGAGUGGCAAAGACAAAGACAAAGGCAAAGGCAAAGGGAAGGAACAGGCUGCAAGCUCCACUGGCACACCAAAGCGCAAGUCUCGAAAAAGAAACGGCAGCAGCAGCAGCUCGUCCAGUUCCGAUGAUGAUGAUAAUGAUUGGCAAUUCCGCGGAGAUUCCAAUUUCGUUGCCGAUAUGGCGCUGCCUCCAGAACGCACGCGAGCAUCUGCAUCGUCGUCGCCCAAGCCUGCAGAAAAGCAGCCAGAGUCGGCUUUGAAGCGCGGUCGUCGUGUCGCCACCAAAAUCAAUGUGCUCGGGACGGAAACCGCCGUGCCUCCUCUGCAGCAACUUUGUGUCAAUGUUAUUUGCAAGUAUAUCGACUCAGUUGAAUCGUUCGGUCCGAUUGCGCCCGCGCACCUCGCCAACAUUCGCUCCGUGAUCUGCCGACACCGAAAGCUCAACAAUUCGACGUUGACCUUGUUCCUUACACCCGAGCUGGAGGAAUUGAAGCUGGGCGAUUGCUCUGGCCUGGAUGCAGAUGGGUUUGGACUCAUCGCCGAGCAUUGCCCCUGCUUGCUGAGCUUGCUCUUGGAUUGUUGUGGCCGGCUCACCGACGCCGCUCUUGACUUUUUGUCCGAGAGGUGCGUCCUGCUGAAUGCGAUUCGAUUGAACGGCUGCUUCCUCGUCAAAGACGCCGCGUUUGCUCGACUUGUCCAAAGCCAUCCACGGCUGGAGCGGCUCGAGAUUUCGGUUUCCGCCAACUUGGGUGCUCGCUUCAUCAAAACGAUGAGCGACAACAUGGCCGCUCUGUCUGCCUCGCUGCGGCAUUUGUCGCUGCAGUGCUGCAUCUCCAUCACCGACGACAUGCUUUCUGUCCUCCACGGUCUCGCAAAUUUGAAAACUCUGUCGUUGGCGCAGUGCACAGUCACCGAUCGCGGUGUCAUUCCGUUGCUCGGGGCCAUCGGCGCCCACCUCGAAGAGCUGUACAUUGACGAGCUUGCCAUUGGGCGUGAGACGGGUAUGAUGAUUGGCUCGCGCUGCCACGCGCUUCGGUGCCUAUCUGCGGCCAAUUGCGCGGCAGCCAUGACGAACGAAACCGUUGCCAAUAUCGCCACUCACGCGCCCGAGUUGAAGCAAAUCAAUCUCACUCGCUGUGGCACCUUGUCUGAUCUGGGCGUCGGCCAGCUCGUGCUGCACUGCCCUCGAUUGCGCGUCCUCUCGUUAAACUCGCUCAACAAUCUUACUCCGGCGCUAUUUGCAUGCAUUGCACACGACCGCGAGUUGUUCGACCAAGCAAUCGAAGCGACACGUCUCCACCACGCGCAGCUGCCUGUGCGGCGCAACCCGACCACCGGCGUCGUCAUUGUGGAUCCGCUCCCCGAGCCCACCGCCUUCAGCGCGCAGGCCUUGACAGACCUGCAGGUGCUGGAUGUUUCGUGGUGUCGGUCCAUGGACGACCCGAGCUUUGCUGCGAUUGUGCGAUCGUGCGAGCAGUUGUCGCGGAUUGAAAUAUUCGGGUGCAAUCGCCUGACCGAGUGCAUCCGGAGCCUCAAGCCCGCGUCUCAGCUUCGCAUUGUUGGCGCGCCGUUCGAGAUUGCCGAGCUCGGCGGUGUCUCCGAGGCAUAA